AUGAACUACUGGGACGGGCUGGAAAUGCACAAAAAGGAGUCCAUGAAAGUAGAAAUGAACACAAUUAAAAUAACCAAGGUUGCUGUCUCACCCAAACAGACAAAAGAUGUCUUGGACCCAAAGCCCAUUCGCUGGUUUGCCCACAGCACUUUCUCACUGCCCAUCUCCAUCAUGCCUCAAUUCCUGACCUGGCACUCCAACUGUCACCUGGUACAAAGUGGGCUUUAUAAGCCCCGCAUCGUGGGGUCACCAGGCCGAGCCAAAGGAUCUCUUUUGGGGUCUGGGUGGCCCGUUUUGGGGGCUAAAGGCCAGAAAGUUCAUCAUUUAGGAUCUGCGCGGACUUCAAUUAUCAAAGUGUCGCUGGACAAAACAGCCGCGCGUCUGAGAGCGUCGGGCAGCCCGGGCAGCGAGGAGAGCACAAAGGUCAAGAAGAAGAAGCGGCGGGGCAGCGCAGAGGGGCAGCGUGACGAGCGCGUCUGUUUACGACAUCAGCCACUUCUCAAAAAGCAAGAUGAGCAACGUUCUUUGUCUUCUGCUGGGCCUUUUGUCUUCGGCACUUGUGCACACAACCCUCAGCAAACACCACCUCAAACGGAGGGACCACUCUGCCAGUCACGAGGUGCCGUUCUUCUUCCAGCCUUUCCAGCCCGGCGUCCCAAAUCGAAUGCAGACGUUUGGAAUAAAUCCUCCGAUUCAACAGCAGACUGUGAUGUUUGGCGUAAAUCCUCCGAUUCCACAACAGACUCUGAUGUUUCGAGUAAAUCCUCCACUUCCACAGCAGACUGCGAUUUUUGGUGUAAAUCCUCCGAUUCCACAACAGACUGGGUUUCAGCACUACUUGUCUUGGCUCAGACCUUACGGACCAGCAGUGAAGAUAUUUUAUCCAUAUCGCUAUCUGCUAUUCCAGCAAGUGAUCGUUGUCUAUUACCAGCUCUACGUUGUAAUUCUACCCAGAUUGCCAACCACCACAGCACGACCUCCUGUUACCACAGUCCGACCGAUAACUCCAAGACCACCACCCAUAACUCCAAGACCACCACCUGUAACUCCAAGACCACCACCCAUAACUCCAAGACCACCACCUGUAACUCCAAGACCACCACCUAUAACUCCAAGACCACCACCUAUAACUCCAAGACCACCACCAAGGCCCAGCACAACAGCCGUCCCCAGAGGAGACAUAUAAAUGAUAAGACGAAGAUGGCUCUCCUUCCAAACUUUCUUCUGUUAAUCGAGAUCACUUUCUUGCCAGAAGUAGUUUAGAUUUCUUGUGAAGAUCGAUUCUUAUUUUCAGCUUUGUUUUUUACUUGUUAUUGAAGUUUCUAUUUUAUUACACUAUAAAUAGAAUUCAUUCAUGGGGCCAUGUAGUCUUAAUUAUUACUUAUUUAUUUUCUUACUGUGUCUUUU